AUGUCGCUUCAGAACUGUAUACUUCUGGCCCUUGCUGGAGUUCACACAGCUCAUGCCCUCAAUAUUCCAAAAAAAUUCAAGGCUGAUCUCUAUAACAUUGGAACCCAGGAACAUCUCUUCCCAUACCUAGGUGGUGCUGGACCAUACUUCUCAUACCCAGAAAACUAUGGCAUCCCUAUAGACACACCGAGCGGAUGUGAAAUUUCACAAAUUCAGCUUCUUGCGAGACAUGGUGAGAGAUACCCUUCCUUGAGCAAGGGCAAAAAACUACUCAAAACCUGGAAUACGCUACAAAAUUUCCCUGACGAAUUCAAUGGCUCGCUGUCUUUCAUCAAUGACGACUAUGAAUUCUUUAUCCAAGAUAUGGACAACCUGGAGAUGGAAACUACAACAGAGAACUCUGUGAAUGCUAUCAAUCCGUACACAGGGGAAAUGAACGCUAAAAAACACGCACAGGAAUUUCUUGCGCAGUACGCGGACUUUUUGGAGGACAACCGUGAAUUUGCCGUCUUUGCAGCUGGCUCCCAAAGAGUUCACGACACUGCUCAAUAUUUCAUCGAAAGUCUAGGAGACAAAUUUAACAUAUCUCUACAAGUGGUCAGCGAAGAAGCCAGCUCCGGUGCCAAUACCCUCUCGCCUGGUUACUCUUGCCCUGGUUGGGAUCCAGAAGAUAACGAAGACAUCAUUAGCAAAUACUCGACUUCAUAUUUGAAAGACAUCGCUCAGCGACUAAACGGCGAAAACCCUGGUUUGAAUUUGACCAAAACCGACGCCUCCAAUUUAUUUACUUGGUGUGCUUUCGAGCUGAACGCUCGUGGAUACAGUGAAAUUUGCAACGUUUUCACUCCCGAGGAACUCAUCCGCUACUCGUACUACAACGAUUUGACUGCGUACUACGAGGACGGUCCUGGAUAUCCUAUGAUCCAAGCCGUCGGUGCUUUGUAUUUAAACGCGUCCAUCAAACUCCUAGAACAGAGCGAAGAGCUGGACCAGAGGGUAUGGUUGAGUUUCACUCAUGAUACCGAUAUCCUCAACUAUUUGACUACACUUGGUCUAUUUGACGACGGUAAAAAGUUGGAUCCUACUUACACCCCUUUCAGAGACCACGUUUUCCACAAAUCCUGGUUCAUUCCUCAGGGUGCCCGAGUUUACACCCAAAAGUUCAGCUGCAGCAACGAUUCCUAUGUUAGAUAUGUGGUGAACGACGCUGUCAUUCCUCUAGAAAACUGCUCAGACGGUCCAGGUUUUUCUUGUGAAGCCAAGAAGUUCUACAAGUACGCCAAAGAAAGAACCGCUAAUCAAGACUUCUUCCAAGCCUGCAACGUUUCUAGUGUCAGCAACACCACGGAGUUGACAUUUUUCUGGGAUUGGAAUACUACCCACUACAAUGCCACAUUGUUGAGGCAGUAA